AUGCCCCGGCGGCGGCCGAGGGCCGGGGAGAAGCGGAUGGACGCCGCGAUCGACCACUUCGCCGAGAUGGGAUACCGCAAAGCCGACGUCCGCCGCGUCGUCAACAAGCUCCUCAAGGAUGUGUAUGGGAAGGAUGGGUGGCCGUUGCUGGAGGACAGUUGUUACUCCGUAGUGCAAGAAGCGCUCUUUGAGUUGGAGGAGCAGGAGAAGUUGCAGCAGCAGCAGAAUGAGGAUGAUGAUGGUGACGAUGAGGGGGAGGAAGCUCAUCUGGAGCCGCAGCAGGAGGAGGUGGAGGAGGAGGCUCCGCAGCAAGAAGUAGCAAUAAAGGAGGAACCGUCAGAAGAGUUCGUUCCCAUUGCGAUGGUUGUACCACCAUCUGAGGCUGUGGUAGCAGUUGAGCAGACGGAGGAAGCGGAAAAGGCCCCCCUGCUCAUCGACCCACCUUCUCCCAGAGCUGCGUCGCCAGAUCCGUUAGCUACAGGAACUAAGCGCAAAAGGCCCCCCUGCUACGGAUGGAUCUCUGAGUCUGAGAGUGACUCGGACUAUGAGGAAUAUGUUGCACGUCGACAGCAGCGGGUGCAGGUCCCGGCCAAGUAG